AUGCAGCAAAACACCAAUAUAAGCGGCGAGAUCACCGAGUACACCAGUCCAAUGGACCCAUACACCGAGUAUGUCGGUUGCCCUCUCUUAUGGCCCACAAUCUCGAAAAUGUACAUGGCUACCGAUGUUAAAAAGGUGAGCACAAUAGUGGGGAGGAUUCCAGCAAUGAAGGCUGUUAUGAACUCUGGCAGUCCAUUCAACCAGCUGAUGGUAGGAAUCAGAGCCGUCAAGUACGGCAGCUGA